AAGCGCCUUUUUGGAUGAAAGCGGGAGAAGUGACACUCAGAUCUAUGCGGAGCAAUUGUUACAGUUAUUGCAACCUAAAUUGUCCAGUUUCAGGAUGAAGGUGGUAACUUGUGAGAUCGCUUGGCAUAAUAAGGAGCCAGUAUACAGUAUGGAUUUCCAGCAGAAGGCGGAGGGAAGGACACAGCGCCUGGCUACAGCCGGAGUAGACACCACCGUUCGGAUGUGGCGUGUGGAUAGAGGCCCUGAUGGGAAGGCUGUCGUUGAUUUUUUGUCUAACUUGGCACGACAUACUAAAGCAGUGAAUGUGGUGCGUUUUUCACCGGCUGCUGAACUCUUGGCGUCUGGAGGGGAUGAUGCAGCUAUCUUGCUUUGGAAACUAAAUGACAGUAAGGAACCCGAACAAGCCCCGACCUUCCAGGAAGAUGAAGAUUCUCAACUCAAUAAAGAGAGUUGGAGUGUGGUGAAGACUUUAAGGGGACACAUUGAGGAUGUGUAUGAUAUAUCGUGGACCAGCGAUGGAAAUUAUAUGGUUUCUGGCUCUGUAGACAAUACUGCCAUCAUGUGGGACAUCAGCAAAGGUCAAAAGAUGUGCAUCUUUAAUGAACAUAAGAGUUAUGUGCAGGGAGUGUCAUGGGACCCUCUUGGACAGUACAUUGGCACCCUGAGCUGUGACAGGGUAAUGCGUGUGUACAGUGCUCACACCAGGAAGAAAGCUUGCAGCGUGAGUAAAAUGACAUCAGCUGCUGCUGCAGAUGGAGAGGUUAAGAACUACAAAAUGUUCCAUGAUGACAGCAUGAGAUCAUUCUUCAGACGUCUCACCUUCACACCAGAUGGGUCAUUCCUCCUUGCACCAGCUGGGUGUGUUGAAGCUGGGGAGAAUGUGACAAACACCACAUACGUGUUUUCCAGGAAAAGCUUCAAAAGGCCCAUAGCUCAUCUGCCCUGUCCAUCUAAAGCAACUCUGGCUGUGCGCUGCUGCCAAGUUUUCUUUGAGCUCAGGACCAAAAGAGAUGAAGAUGGCUCAUUGAAGCCUGUGUCAAACACAUUCAAUUUACCAUAUCGGCUAGUGUUUGCAGUUGCGUCGGAAGACUCCAUCUUCUUUUAUGACACGCAACAGAUGCUACCAUUCGGAUACGUGUCUAAUAUCCACUACCACACACUCAGUGAUCUCAGCUGGUCUCGAGAUGGCUCCUUCUUGGCCGUGUCCUCCACAGAUGGCUACUGUUCCUUCGUGUCUUUUGAGGAAGGAGAGCUCGGCACCCCAUUAAAGGAACCGCCUCAGUUGGAGAUGAUUACCCCUUCCUCCACCAAUGAGAAGAAAGGCAAGAGACUUUCAGCCAAUGGCAGGACCGCUUCUCCAGUGCCUCGCCCUACCAACACACCAGCUGCACAGGAAAAGACCAAAGAGGUGUCUGCUGGGCUUGCCGCCUCCAAGACCACCAGCGUACCUGGUCCAGAAGAAAAACGCACACCACAAGCGCAAAAAAACAAACCUCAGCCCAGACGGAUUACACUUAGCACCCUGGAGGGGUGGGGCAAGCCCAGCACCCCCAAAUCACCAGCAGCUACCUCUAAUACAGCCCCCAGCACCCCUAAAUCUGCUCCCUCUACACCUGCCUCCAGCAAAGGACCCCUUACACCCCAUACAACCCCCAGUUCUCCUCUCGUGCCCCUCAACUGUAAAAGUGGCACUACUCCAAAGGGACCCACGCCCAGACGAAUUUCACUGACUCCAGUUGUAUCCAAGUCCCCCUCUCAGGGAUUUGUCACUCCAUCUUCUACUGAGAAAGCCAAACAUGAAAGACCAUCUCCACCCAACGAUCCAGCAUGCAAACCUCCAGAAUCUAAAAGGUCCAAGACUGAUGCUCCAAAUGACUCUGGCCAGGGCAGUGAGCAAAGUGUGAGCACAGAACAAAGUGUCAAAUCCCAACAACCUUAGACACUCAACAUUCAUCAUUGUGCCUUAUUAGCACUUGCAUUCUCAGAAAUGAAGUAUUAUAUUCAUUCAUUAUACCAGGAACAUAAUCCUGUGCUGCAGAUGUGUACCAAUGUACAAAUGGAGUCAGACAUGGACAUGCAUGCAUUUACUUUUUGCUGUAAUAUUUUUGUAAUUACUCUUAUAAAUAUAAGAGUGUAUCUGUUUUUGAGGGAGAAAAAAAUUCUCAAAAACAACCUUUUGGUAUUUCUUCGGUUAUUAAAAUUAAUUUGUUUGAUCUUAUGGACAUUUUUACUAUUGUAUUGUCUAUUUAGAUUUUGUCGUAAAAAGCUGUCAAGAAUGUUUAGAAGUUUUUUGAGUACUAAACAUUUUUGAAAACUAGUCUGUCUUUGAAGUAUUUGUUUCGAUCAAAUGGAUUUGGUCAAUUAUUUUCUUAGUGAGGUUCUUAAGAAAAGGGGUUAAAUCCUUGCACAUAUAUAACAAAUGUAUAGGAUAAUGCAAUGUAAGUCGCGUCUGCCAAAUGCAUAAAAAUGUUAAAUGACUUGGCGUCAUUUCAGUGUCCAGUUAUUAACUGAGUUUAAAAAAGGUCAGACUGAAUUUUAUAGCAGAGUAAUUUCACAAAGCAUAUGGUGAUGGAAAAAGCACCAUCAAAGGUAAUAUUAAGAACAUUUUACCAUUUCAAAAGUUGCGGGUCUUUUGUUGUGACUAAAAUAUUAAAAAAUACAUGAUUCAAUAUAUUUAGCAGCUUCAAUGUAGUCACCCUUGCCUAGAAUUUGCAGAAUCUACUUUUGACAUUUUAUGAAGCAGCUUCUUGAGCUCCC